AAAGUGCUGGAAUGACAGGUAGGAGCCACCACGCCCAGCCAGGAAUGACACAAAUGAAUUACCUUAAAAGUAAAUGCCAUUAAGAAAGGAUAGCUGGAAGAUGGGUUGAGGGGAAUGGAGGACCACAGAACUAGUCCUAUUUAAAUACAUGUGCACUGUAAACGAUUCCAUUUGACAAUAGGUUAAUUAUCUCAUAGCAUAAGGAAAAUGCUUAACAGUCAUGCAAGAUGAUGAGCUUUCCUAUAGAAUCCAACCAAAAGAUCUAGCCAGUACAAUUUCCUUUGCUAUAUUAGGGUUAGAAAGGCCCCCAGAGGUGAACUAAUUAGAUGGAAUCCUUGAAUAAAAGACUAGAUUAGCAGUGAACAGAAAAAAGACAGAUUGCUUUCCUUCUUCUCAUAGAUGUCUCAGGGAUAUUUCGUUUCCUCAGAAGAUAAAGAUAUGGUUAUUUAAAUUUAGUAAGCGUUUUUGUGCAUACUUACAUGAAAUGUACAUUAUUUGAAUUCUUUAAAAAGAAACAGCUGCAUGAUAACCAAAAUUGCUAUGCUUGCUUUAGCUGGUAUUUUUGCCUAGAACAAUUAUCGUUCGGGCAAGAAGCUAUUCCUAAGAAACAAUAUUCUUAAUCCAGGAAGUUUUGCAUUUUUAGAAAUGUAUCUUACUAUCUCCCAAGCAAAAGAGGGUAGUUACAUAUUCACUAAGAAUCAUGUGCUCGCAAUUUUUAUUUAAUAAUUAUUCCUGCUUAAAAUACAUUAAUCACCUGACUUAUAAUGGUGGAACCAUGAGUGCAUUUUUGCCUUUAUUGUCAAUAAAGUCUUCUCAGAAGUGAGCCAUAAAGGUGCAUAGUUCUUGGAGUUAAAGGUCUGAAUUAAGACAAUCCAGCAUAAGUCUCAUUAAUGUAUGAUUAUUUUGAGAAAAGGCAAGAAACACCUAAAAAUCUCCCCUCACUGUCCAGUUCCCUGUUUCAUUUAAAGAUUCACUAUAAGUAACUGAAAGGCUUUCCUUGGGAGGAUUUAUUUGAAUCAGUCUUUCACAUGCAAAGGAUAUUGUAGAACAUCCCGGUUUUGCUGGCAGGAAUAUGAACAUCUGUUGUGAGGAAAGAAAAAGUUUCAUGCAAAUUACACAGCCAAAGAAGGGAUGUUCAAGUUGAGAAACCAGUGACAUUUCUUGUAACUGUACUAUGAAUCAGCACAUUUUAAUCUACUAGAUAAUAUAUGGAAGUUCAGGAAGGUGGUAGGAAACGGUGUUCAUUUUACGUAUGCCUUAUUGUAUUUUAUUGUGUGUGAGUGGCUUCACGGCAUCGACAUUGCUGUUUUUAAAUGAGGAUACAGUAAAUUGCAGUCCGAGGAAGGCUAACUGGAAUCAACAUACCCGUAGCUUUAGAAAGCAGUUUCCGCCCCAGCGAAGAGUGCAAGAGCGAUGGAACCCCAUGUUCCUGGAAGUUUGCACAUCAGAGUAAACAAACUUGAAAACCCCUCUUGAUAGCAGAAUUCACCCAGCCUUGUUCCAUUUUCUCUUAACAAAACACACCGCAAAAGCUCUCACAAGCUGCUUUGAUGAAGCCACAUGUAUUUCCCCCUUCACAAUUUACAGGAAGUUACUCUUAAAAGAAAGUGAUUCUGGUGUUUACCGCCUGUGUUAAAGGGACAGAGUUCCUUUUUAUUUCUGAUAACGUUUGAACGAAAUACAGAAACUAUCUGUAGACUAGCACAGUCGGUACGUGAGUAAGGAAAAGCAAUAACCUGCUGUCCGGUGAGCGCAAAAUUCCUGCUACGAACAGUGCCUUACUACUGCUUGGAGACUGCAAGUCGCAGAUCACACUAGAUCUAUUCCAGAGGGGAGCUUCACCACUUCAUUGAUGGCUUUAAUGAAGAGAAAAGCAACUGGAUGCGCUAUGUGAAUCCAGCGCACUCUCCCCGGGAGCAAAACCUGGCUGCGUGUCAGAACGGGAUGAACAUCUACUUCUACACCAUUAAGCCCAUCCCUGCCAACCAGGAACUUCUUGUGUGGUAUUGUCGGGACUUUGCAGAAAGGCUUCACUACCCUUAUCCCGGAGAGCUGACAAUGAUGAAUCUCACACAAACACAGAGCAGUCUCAAGCAGCCGAGCACUGAGAAAAAUGAACUCUGCCCAAAGAAUGUCCCAAAGAGAGAGCACAGCGUCAAAGAAAUCCUAAAACUGGACUCCAACCCCUCCAAAGGAAAGGACCUCUACCGUUCGAACAUUUCACCACUCACGUCAGAAAAGGACCUCGAUGACUUUAGAAGACAUGGGAGCCCCGAAAUGCCCUUCUACCCUCGGGUCGUUUACCCUAUCCGGGCCCCUCUGCCGGAAGACUUUUUGAAAGCUUCCCUGGCCUACGGGAUGGAGAGACCCACGUACAUCACUCGCUCCCCCAUUCCGUCCUCCACCACUCCAAGCCCCUCUGCAAGAAGCAGCCCGGACCAAAGCCUCAAGAGCUCUAGCCCUCACAGCAGCCCCGGGAAUACGGUGUCCCCUGUGGGCCCCGGCUCUCAAGAGCACCGGGACUCCUACGCUUACUUGAACGCGCCCUACGGCACGGAAGGUUUGGGCUCCUACCCCGGCUACGCACCCCUGCCCCACCUCCCGCCAGCUUUCAUCCCCUCCUACAAUGCUCACUACCCCAAGUUCCUCCUGCCCCCCUACGGCAUGAAUUGUAAUGGCCUGAGCGCUGUGAGCAGCAUGAAUGGCAUCAACAACUUCGGCCUCUUCCCGAGGCUGUGCCCUGUCUACAGCAAUCUCCUCGGUGGGGGCAGCCUGCCCCACCCCAUGCUCAACCCCACUUCUCUCCCGAGCUCGCUACCUUCAGAUGGAGCCCGGAGGUUGCUCCAGCCGGAGCAUCCCAGGGAGGUGCUUGUCCCGGCGCCCCACAGUGCCUUCUCCCUUACCGGGGCCGCCGCCAGCAUGAAGGACAAGGCCUGUAGCCCCACAAGCGGGUCUCCCACGGCGGGAACAGCCGCCACGGCAGAACAUGUGGUGCAGCCCAAAGCUACCUCAGCAGCUAUGGCAGCCCCCAGCAGCGACGAAGCCAUGAAUCUCAUUAAAAACAAAAGAAACAUGACCGGCUACAAGACCCUUCCCUACCCGCUGAAGAAGCAGAACGGCAAGAUCAAGUACGAAUGCAACGUUUGCGCCAAGACUUUCGGCCAGCUCUCCAAUCUGAAGGUCCACCUGAGAGUGCACAGUGGAGAACGGCCUUUCAAAUGUCAGACUUGCAACAAGGGCUUUACUCAGCUCGCCCACCUACAGAAACACUACCUGGUACACACGGGAGAAAAGCCACAUGAAUGCCAGGUCUGCCACAAGCGAUUUAGCAGCACCAGCAAUCUCAAGACCCACCUGCGACUCCAUUCUGGAGAGAAACCGUACCAAUGCAAGGUGUGCCCUGCCAAGUUCACCCAGUUUGUGCACCUGAAACUGCACAAGCGUCUGCACACUCGAGAGCGGCCCCACAAGUGCUCCCAGUGCCACAAGAACUACAUCCAUCUCUGUAGCCUCAAGGUUCACCUGAAAGGGAACUGCGCUGCGGCCCCGGCGCCCGGGCUGCCCUUGGAAGAUCUGACCCGAAUCAAUGAAGAAAUCGAGAAGUUUGACAUCAGCGACAAUGCUGACCGGCUCGAGGACGUGGAGGAUGACAUUAGUGUGAUCUCUGUAGUGGAGAAGGAAAUUCUGGCCGUGGUCAGAAAAGAGAAAGAAGAAACUGGCCUGAAAGUGUCUUUGCAAAGAAACAUGGGGAAUGGACUCCUCUCCUCAGGGUGCAGCCUUUAUGAGUCAUCAGAUCUACCCCUCAUGAAGUUGCCUCCCAGCAACCCACUACCUCUGGUACCUGUAAAGGUCAAACAAGAAACAGUCGAACCAAUGGAUCCUUAAGAUUUUCAGAAAACACUUGUUUUGUUUCUUAAGUUAUGACUUGGUGAGUCAGGGUGCCUAUAGGAAGUUGCUUGUACAUAAUUCCAGCUCUGCAAAGCUCUCUCAACAGCAAAUGGUUUCCCCUCACCCCUGGAAUUAAAGAAGGAACUCCAAAGUUACUGAAAUCUCAGGGCAUGAACAAGGCAAAGGCCAUAUAUAUAUAUAUAUAUAUAUAUACACACACACACACACACACAUUAUGUAUACUUAUUUACGCCUGUGUCUAUAUAUUUGCCCCUGUGUAUUUUGAAUAUUUGUGUGGAUACGUUUGCAUAGCCUUCCAUUACUAAGACUAUUGCCUAGUCAUAAUUAUUUUUUCAAUGAUAAUACUUCAUAAUUUAUUACACAAUUUAUCAUUCAGAAAGCAAUAAUUAAAAAAGUUUACAAUGACUGGAAAGAUUCCUUGUAAUUUGAGUAUAAAUGUAUUUUUGUCUUGUGGCCAUUCUUUGUAGAUAAUUUCUGCACAUCUGUAUAAGUACCUAAGAUUUAGUUAAACAAAUAUAUGACUUCAGUCAACCUCUCUCUCUAAUAAUGGUUUGAAAAUGAGGUUUGGGUAAUUGCCAAUGUUAGACAGUUGAUGUGUUCAUUCCUGGGAUCCUAUCAUUUGAACAGCAUUGUCCAUAACUUGAGGGUAUGUGUGCAGAAUUACCCAAGAAUAACUUAAGUAGAAGAAACAAGAAAGGGAAUCUUGUCUAUUUUUGUUGAUAGUUCAUGUUUUUCCCCCAGCCACAAUUUUACCAGAAGGGUGACGGGAAGGCUUUACCAACCUGUCUCUCUCUCCAAAAGAGCAGAAUCCUCCCACCGCCCUGCCCACCCCCCGAGUCCUAUGGCCAUUCAGAGCAGCCAUAUGACUUUUACAUCCAUUGUAUUAUCAGAAAAUGUGAAAAAGACAAAUUGCCAUGUUUUAAAACCACUGCAAAAUUUUCCCCAAAGCAUAGGUGGCUUUGUAUGUGUGAGGUUUGGGACUUGAGUCUGGGUGGUGUUCUGUUGUUGGUUUUUGUUGCUUUUUUUUUUUUUUUUUUAAUUUCAAAAUUGCACAGACAUGGUGCUCUACCAGGAAGGAUUUGCGGUAGAAAAGCAAACACACAACAAAAAACGGGUAUUCUAGUCAUCUUGGGGUAAAAGCGGGUAAUGAACAUUCCUAUCCCCAACACAUCAAUUGUAUUUUUUUCUGUAAAACUCAGAUUUUCCUCAGUAUUUGUGUUUUUACAUUUUAUGGUUAAUUUAAUGGAAGAUGAAAGGGCAUUGCAAAGUUGUUCAACAACAGUUACCUCAUUGAGUGUGUCCAGUAAUGCAGGAAAUGAUGUCUUAUCUAAUGAUUUGCUUCUCUAGAGGAGAAACCAAGUAAAUGUGCUCCAGCAAGAUAGACUUUGUGUCAUUCUAUCUUUUAUUCUGCUAAGCCCAAAGAUUACAUGUUGGUGUUCAAAGUGUAGCAAAAAAUGAUGUAUAUUUAUAAAUCUAUUUAUACCACUAUAUCAUAUGUAUAUAUAUUUAUAACCACUUAAAUUGUGAGCCAAGCCAUGUAAAAGAUCUACUUUUUCUAAGGGCAAAAAAAAGAAAAAUCGUUUCUGAGACUUUGCUUAAUAGUUGGUGGCCUCACGAUCACAUCAGUAUGCUUGGGCACCCCUUGCCUACUGUAAGAGACCCUAAAACCUUGGUGCAGUGGUGGGGGCCGCAAAACAACCAGGGAGGAAGAGAUACAUCAGUUUUUAGUAUUAAGGACCCUCUAAGACGGCUUUUUUUUUUUUUUUUUUUUUGCCACCUUAUGAUUAUGUGGUCACACCCAAGUCACAGAAAUAAUAAACUGACUUUACCACUGUAACUUUUCUCUUUCCCUCCUUACGAAAUACUGAUACAUCACUCUUCAAUCUAUUUUAUAAUUGUAUUUGACAUUUUGUUCACAUCAACUAAUGUUCACCUGCAGAAGAGAACAAAUUUCGAAUAAUCCAGGGAAACCCAAGAGCCUUACUGGUCUUCUGUAACUAGCAAGACUGACAGUUUUUUUAUGUAUCAGUGUUUGAUUAAACACAGUCCUUAAUUGAAGGUAAACCAAAGGAUCUCAUUGACAUUAGACCAAACACUUUUGAUUCCCAACUACUCGUUUGUUCUUUGUCUCCUUUUGUGCUUUCCCAUAGUGAGAAUUUUUAUAAAGACUUCCGGCUUCUCUCACCAUUCAUCCUUCUUUUUUCUGCCUCUUACAUGUGAAUGUUGAGCCCACAAUCAAUGGUGGUUUUGUUUUUUUCCUCUACUCAAAGUUAAAACUGACCAAAGUUUGGCUUUUUACUUUGCUAGAACAACAAACUCUCUUAUGUUUACAUACUGGUUUACAAUGUUAUUUAUGUGCAAAUUGUCAAAAUGUAAAUUAAAUAUAAAUGUUCAUGCUUUACCAA